AAAGCAUAACACCAUAUGAACAAUGAAACAGUGACCUGGAGGUGGAUAUGAUGGAGCAAGCUAAGCUACAGUCUGUAGAGGGUGAAGGCGACGGAGCUGAGGCCAUCUCGGAGGAUGACGUGGUGAUGCCGAAUGCCGUCGAUGUAAAUGGCGCUAAGGUGAUAUCCCGAGAUGAUGAAGUGGCUAGCUACUGUGUCGAACCAAACUACUCAACAAAAAUGGGAGAUGAAAUAGUUAGUACAAGUAUCGAGGUAGUUGAAGAGUCAGAGGAUAUGGGCGAAAAUCUGAAUGGGUCUCGUGAUUCAAAUUCAAAUACAUCAAGGCUGGGAGAAACAAAGAAGGUAGGGGUUCACCUAGAAACGCCAGUCAACAUAGCUGAACAAGGGGACGUUGGGAAUGCCAGUCAAAUGAGCAAAAAUGUAGCUGUGGACAGCUAUGACAUGUCCAAUCAAAAUAAUAAUAUUGAACAAAGCACGAAGAACGACAGGAAAUCCAAUUUAAAGAACAAUGAGUCUACCUCUUGUUUCUGGGAUGAUAUGGAAAGUGACUUGGGGAACGACUUAAACUGGAUGAAAAGGAGUGACAUGUGCGGGAGAAGGAAGAGUAAGCGAAGGGCAAAAUCAUGCACUUCGGUGUACAGAAAAACUGGGGGAUUGGAGGGAUUCUUGAUUCAAUACAAGAGGAAAGGGCAAAGGAAAGACUCUUUAAAGUGCUCGAAGCAGAUUCUAUUCAAAAAUAACCCAGAGAAAUUGGUUGCAGAUGAAUCGAUCAAUGACAGCAACAUCCAAAAUUGCAACAAAAGCUUUAAACAGAGGAGCAACACACGGAACAUGGAGGCUCUAUGGUCCCGAGCAAAAGAGUUAGGAGUGACAGCACGUGGAGAGGAGAAUCAGAUUAUGCAGAAAUUGAAAGAGAUGGAAAGCCGAGACAGGGGAAGGCGAAGGAACGAAGAGGAGAAGAAUUCCGAGAAAGAUGACCAGAAGGUAGAUGUUUUGCUAAUUCAAGAAACCAAAAUGGAGAAAGUAGAUAACCGCCUGUGUAGGAUGGUUUGGGAUUCUGAUAAUUUUGAGUGGGUUGCUCAGUCUGCUAUUGGUGCAUCAGGAGGUAUACUAAUAAUAUGGAACUCUAGCGUCUUCAAAAAGAUUAGCAGUUUUGAAGGUGCAGGAUUUGUGGGAGUCUUUGGGCUGUGGGGAGAUGAUAACACCCCAUGUUAUUUUGUUAAUGUAUAUUCCUCAUGUGAUCUGGUUCAAAAGAGAUGCUUGUGGGAGAAUUUAUCAAAAUUGGUUACUUCAAAAAAAGGGAACUGGUGUAUAGCUGGAGACUUUAAUGCCAUUCGAAACCUCCAAGAAAGGAAGGGAGGCAGAAGUGUGAGGCGUGAGCUCAAGGAGUUCAAUGACUUUAUUGAGAUGAGCAGUUUGGUAGACCUUCCUAUGAUUGGGAGGAAAUUUACUUGGUACCAGCCAAAUGGCCAAAGCAUGAGUCGCUUGGACAGGUUUCUUUUUUCUAGUGAAUGGAUGCUUAAUUGGUCCGACUUGAAGCAGUGGGGGUUAGUCAGGUCAUUGUCGGAUCAUUGCCCAGUCAUGGUGAAGAAUGAAGCACGUAAUUGGGGACCAAAACCAUUCAAACUAUUUAAUGUGUGGCUGCAAAAUCCUUCAUUUAGAGAAUUGGUAGAAAAUCAGUGGAACAACUUAGAUAUUCGAGGAUGGGGAGGUUUUGUGGUAAAGGAGAAACUAAAGCGGUUGAAAAAUUGUGUGAAGGGCUGGACACGGAAUCAGGUGCAGGGAGUGGAUAAACAUAUUGAGGAGGCAAAAGCUAAAAUUGCAAAACUAGAUGAGGAUAUGGCAAAGCAAAAGUCAAGGAAGUCAUGGAUGAAAGCCGGGGAUGCAAACACAAGUUAUUUCCACCAGUGCAUAAAAGGUAGAUGGCGCAGGAGCGAGAUAAACUCGUUAUCAAUCCGAGGAAAGGUUUUUGAGGGAGUCAACGAGUUGAAACAAGGAGUGGCAGAAUACUUCAUGAGCUUAUUCACAGAGGAAGGUUGGAAUCGGCCUGUUCUAGAUGGUGUCAACUUCAAGAAAAUUUCAGAAGCCGAGAGAAACUUCUUAACUGAACCUUUUCUUGAAACAGAAGUUAAAGAUGCUGUAUGGAAUUGUGAUGGUGCAAAAGCCCCAGGUCCAGAUGGUUUUACUUUCGGGUUUUUGAAAACAGAAUGGGAUGUGGUUAAAGGUGACAUAUUGAAGUUUCUUACUGACUUUCAUAGCAACAGCAAGUUGGUGAGAGGAUCCAAUUCAUCUUUUUUAGUGUUGAUACCUAAGAAGGAGAAUCCACAAAGCAUUGAAGAGUAUAGGCCAAUAUCCUUAAUUGGAAUUAUGUAUAAAAUUCUUGCUAAAAUCCUUGCAAAUAGAUUAAGUAGGGUGAUGGAUGGGAUUAUAGGCGAACAACAAUCAGCUUUUAUCGGAGGCAGACAGUUGGUUGAUGGAGUCGUCAUUGCAAACGAGGCUAUUGAGGAGAUUAAGAGGAAAAAAUUGAGUUGCUUCCUUCUCAAAGCCGACUUUGAAAAAGCCUAUGAUAAUGUCAGCUGGGAGUUCCUGGAUUAUAUGCUGGAAAGGAUGAAUUUUGGGUCUGUUUGGAGGGGGUGGAUCCGCGAAUGCUUGCAAACUAACUCAAUCUCAGUAUUGCUCAAUGGUAGCCCAACAAAGGAGUUUGUCAUGAGUAGAGGAUUACGGCAAGGGGACCCGCUAGCUCCUUUUUUGUUUUUAAUUGUUGCGGAAGGCCUCAAUGGUAUCAUAUCGUCGGCAGUUGCGAAAGACCUCUUCGAAGGGGUCCCAAUUGGAGGAGGGGGCUUUCGCAUCUCCCAUUUGCAGUUUGCAGAUGACACCCUAUUAAUAGGGAGAGCAACGGAAGAAAAUAUCUGGACUACAAAAUGCAUUUUGAGGGCUUUUGAGUUGGUGUCCGGGCUGAAAAUUAACUAUGGGAAAAGCUCACUGAUAAGCAUAAAUACAGGUAACCUAUGGGAAAGGGACAUGGCAUGUCUGUUGAACUGUAAAGUGGGGUCCUUGCCAUGUAAGUACCUGGGUAUUCCUUUGGGAGCGGAUCCUAGAAGAGUGAAUACAUGGAAGCCACUAAUCGACACUUUCAAAAGAAAAUUAUCUUCUUGGAAGGGCCGAUACCUAUCCUUGGGUGGUAGAAUAACUCUCAUAAAUUCUGUGCUGUCCAGUCUACCAGUGUUCUUAAUGUCUUUCUAUCUCCUUCCGAAAAGCGUCAUCGGUGAGUUAGAUAAAAUUAGAAGAAGAUUUCUUUGGGGGGGGACAACGGAGACAAAGAAGGUUGCUUGGGUUGCGUGGGAGAAGGUUUGCCUAAGUAAGCUUGAUGGGGGGUUGGGUAUAAAGAAUUUAUUGUGCUUUAAUAUGUCAUUACUGGGAAAAUGGUGGGGAAGAUUGAUUACCGAGAAGGGGGGAUUGUGGAGGAGAGUUUUAUUUGACAUUUAUGGGAGUGAUGAGGGGAAUUGGUUAUCUUACUUAAGGGAGGGUAGAUGUGUAGGAUCAAAAUGGUGGAGGGAUGUUUGCAAGAUAGAUGAAGGGAAGGGUUUUAAAAAGGAUUGGCUGAGUUUGGGUUUUGGUGUGGAUUUGGGGGAUGGCGAGAAGGUUAAGUUUUGGACUGAUGUGUGGGUAGAAGGGAAUGCUCUAUCUAAAAAAUUCCCUCGUUUAUUCCUACUAGCUACAGAUCAGAAUUGCAGCGUCAAAGACAUGGGGUCCUGGUCGAAGGAUUGCUGGCAAUGGAAAUUCUCUUGGAAACGCCCACUUCGUUCAUGGGAGGAGGACAUUGAAAAAGAGUUGGUUAAGAUGCUGAAAUUAAGAGCUCCAUCACAAAACAAGGAAGAUCGAUGGCAAUGGCACCUGGAAACUUCAGGGACCUACACAACAAAAUCAGCUUACUCAUGGAUCCUUAAGGGAGAACCAAAGCCAGCAACUGACUUCAUAAGGGUGUGGAAAGCCCCCAUUCCACCUAAAGUAAGUGCAUUUUGCUGGCAAUUGCUUCACAAGAAAAUUCCUACAAAAGAUAACCUUUCAAUCCGAGGAAUUUGUAAUGCAAACUCUAAUUUAAAUUGCUGCUGGUGUGAUUCAUCAAUGGAGACGCCCAAUCAUAUUUUUGCUCAAUGCAAUGUGGCUGUUAGCUUAUGGAUGAAAUGCUACAAGUGGUGGGGCGUGCAAUAUGUACUGGAUAAUUCAUGUUUAAUGUUUUUUGAGCAACAUAAAUGGCUUGGAGGUCCGAAAAUACUUGAUAGGGGAUGGAACAUUAUCUGGUUCGCAGUAAUAUGGACAUUGUGGCUGGGCAGGAACGAAAAGAUUUUCCAGAUGAAGGAGACAAAGCUCGACAGAUUCUUUGAGCUAGUUCAGAUUCGAUCUUUCUUUUGGGUAACGAACAUUCAAGGUGUGGAAGGGUUCUCUUUAUCUGAAUGGUGCGAGAAUCCAACCAAAUGUCUUAAGAAUAACCCCGUCCGGAAAGAUAGUGUUUGAACUGGUCUUUUUGUUUUAACUAGUCUUUUGGGAAAGUUGGUUUUAUUUUCUUUGUUGGGUGUUCUACCCUCGCUCCCUUAGUGUUGCUAGUUUUUUAAGUAACAAGUUGGUUUUUGUAUACUCGGGUUUGAGUACCCCUUGUACUCAUCAAAUAAAUAUAUUAAUAUUCU